GCUGGAGAGAUUAGAAGAGAGGAGAACAGGACACACACUCACACACACACCACCGACACAGAUACCCCAGCUAGGCCCCUUGCACACAAACCACUGUUACUGUUCUCACUGAAGCAGUAGAGGACAAACAGAUCAGGUUGAGACUGAACUUGACUGGACCCACACCUCCAGAAAGACUCCACUCUGACCGGAAACCUAUCCCAGAAAGAUCCCAUCCUGAUCGGACUCGUACGGCACACAGAGACCCAUCUACCUGGAGCCCAGCCAAGGGGCCAACCUCUUCAGCGAUGAACGGUUUUGGGUACCGUCGGGAGUUGAGUAAGUAUGAGGAUGUGGAUGAGGAUGAACUACUGGCUUCUCUCAGCCCAGAGGAGCUAGCAGAGCUGGAGAUGGAGCUGGCAGACAUAGACCCUGAUGCCAACGUGCCCAUCGGCCUGAGACAGAGYGACCAGACGGAGAAGACCCCCACUGGCACCUUCAGUAGAGACUCUCUGUUGAAGUACUGGGAGAAGGAGACCAAGAGGAUACUGGAGGAUGAGAGAGGGGAAGCCAGCAGCCCCAAACAGGAUGAGGAUGAUGAUGCCGAAAAGAGCGAGGAAGAAUGCGUGACAGAAAGCAACAGCGAAGCAGAGGAGGAGGAGGAUGACGAGAACAAGAAAGAAAAUAAAGAUUAUGAAGAGGAAGWGGAGGAAGAAGAAGAAGAGGAGGAGGAGAGUGAGGAAGAGGAAGCUGAAACAGAGGAUGCGGAGGAUGAAGAGGAGCCAGAAGAGGAAAGGCCUGAAGCAGCGCCCCCAAAGGAUCCUGGUCCUCCAUCACCGCUGUCAGUCGUCAUCUCCUCCCCUAGCCUCCUGAGACCCCCAAGGGUGGAGCCUAUGAGACUAACCCCGCCCCCACCUCCGCUUGACCCCAACGCCGACGGCAACCCAACAGUUGUCGACGAGGCCCUGGAAAGAGUCCUUAAUAACGACCCUGAGCUCAAAGAGGUCAACCUCAAUAACAUCGAGGACAUCUCACAGGACACUCUAAUCAAGUUCGCUGAGGCACUGCGCUCCAACACACARGUGCGUGUCUUUAGCCUGGCCAACACGCAUGCUGACGACKCSGUGGCYCUGGCCAUUGCCAAGACGCUGUGCGAAAACACCUCCAUUGUCAGCCUGAACAUCGAGUCCAACUAUGUGACAGGGAAAGGGGUUCUGGCUAUGGUCCAGGCUCUGCCUAGCAAUAGCACCCUGACUGAGCUACGCUUCCACAACCAGAGACACAUGUGUGGAGGACAGGUGGAGAUGGAGAUGGUGAAGUCUAGGAGAACCACCCUGAUCAAGCUGGGUUACCAGUUCCACCUGCCAGGCCCCCGGAAGAUGACAGGCAUCCUGACCCGUAACAUGGACCGUCAGAGACAACGCCUGCAGGAACAGAGACAGAACCAGCAGGCGGGGCCAGAGGGGCCGUUAACCCCCGUACCGACGCUCUGUUGAAGGCCACUCCGGGUUCUUC